UUCAGAUUCUUCCCGAGCAUCAGAAGCAUAACCGAACUUUCGCAAUCGUCAAAUAUGAGGUUUAUGCAGUUUCGCGCGCACGACAAAUACGCCUUGCACCUAUCCAAAAUGGAAAAGAGAGAAAAGGAACGCGGUUCUCACCUGUCGUACAUGUUUCGUCUACCAUUUGCCGCCGGAAGCGUAUUCAGUGCGAGCAUGCUCGACACCCUCCUCUACCAGGCCUUCGUGAAAGACUACGUCAUCACCUUCGUCAGACUACUGUUAGGAGUCGACCAGGCUCCCGGAUCGGGCUUCCUUACGUCGAUGAAAAUUACGAAAGACGAUAUGUGGAUACGCACCUACGGACGUCUUUACCAGAAGCUAUGCUCGACGACGUGCGAAAUACCGAUCGGAAUCUAUCGUACUCAAGACACGUCGGUCUCUGACUCAUCACAUGCGAAAGACGUGACAAAUUUGGCUCAAACAUUGCUUUUUAAUCAAACCUGUCAGUAUCUAACAUACAAUACGCAUAUACUGAAAACCAAAAACGAAGAAAAUGAUCUGGGAUCUCUCUUCGGGGUAAGUCUUAUAGUGAAAGAGCUUUGUAGAAAUCACAACGUACGGUGUGCAGCUUGCUUUGUUGCUUUCGAGUAGUGACAGCUUCACAGAGUGCUUCGAGAGGAGGUCCAUCAAGUAGUCUUCCCUGCAUGAUUUCCACGUACGGUCCCUGUACAUAUUCUCUCAAAUAAAUCCUUCCAAUGCCAACUAGCCCUGGAGGUCUCAAUUGGCUUUCAACGUUUAUUUACAGUCCUCGAGUCUAAUCGGAAUUUCUCAGUCCUUUGUUCUCGCAA